UGCCGCUUUAAGAGCUCGGCUAGCGAUUGACAAGCAAUAAACGCUGAGCGCCCGGCUGCGCUGGAGUCGCCCCGAGCUAGGGGCUCCCCAGGGCGCAGGAGAAACAUUUCAGAGCCCUUGCUGAUCUCACCAUGCCGGUUGCUGCCACCAACUCUGAGUCUGCCAUGCAGCAAGUCUUGGACAACUUAGGAUCUCUCCCCAAUGCCACAGGGGCUGCGGAGUUGGACCUGAUCUUCCUUCGAGGCAUUAUGGAAAGUCCCAUAGUCAGAUCCCUGGCCAAGGCCCACGAAAGGUUGGAGGAGACAAAGCUGGAAGCUGUGAGGGACAACAACCUGGAACUGGUUCAGGAGAUCCUGCGGGACCUGGCACAGCUGGCGGAGCAGAGCAGCACAGCCGCGGAGCUGGCCCGCAUCCUUCAGGAGCCCCACUUCCAGUCCCUCCUGGAGACACACGACUCAGUGGCCUCAAAGACCUAUGAGACACCACCUCCCAGCCCUGGCUUGGACCCCACAUUCAGCAACCAGCCUGUACCUCCGGACGCAGUGCGCAUGGUGGGCAUUCGCAAGACUGCUGGAGAGCAUCUGGGUGUGACAUUCCGUGUGGAAGGCGGCGAGUUGGUGAUCGCUCGCAUCCUGCACGGGGGUAUGGUGGCUCAACAAGGCCUGCUGCAUGUGGGUGACAUAAUCAAGGAGGUGAACGGGCAGCCAGUGGGCAGUGACCCCCGUGCACUGCAGGAGCUCCUGCGUAGCGCCAGCGGCAGCGUCAUCCUCAAGAUUCUGCCCAGUUACCAGGAGCCCCAUCUACCUCGCCAGGUAUUUGUGAAAUGCCACUUUGACUAUGAUCCGGCCCGAGACAGCCUCAUCCCCUGCAAGGAGGCAGGCCUUCGCUUCAGUGCUGGGGAUUUGCUUCAGAUUGUCAACCAGGACGACGCCAACUGGUGGCAGGCCUGCCACGUGGAAGGGGGCAGUGCUGGGCUCAUCCCCAGCCAGCUGCUGGAGGAGAAGCGGAAAGCGUUUGUCAAGCGGGAUCUGGAGCUGACACCCACCUCAGGGACCCUGUGCGGCAGCCUUUCAGGAAAGAAAAAGAAGCGAAUGAUGUAUUUGACCACCAAGAAUGCAGAGUUUGACCGCCAUGAGCUGCUCAUUUAUGAGGAGGUGGCCCGCAUGCCCCCAUUCCGCCGGAAAACCCUCGUGCUGAUUGGGGCCCAGGGUGUGGGCCGGCGCAGCCUGAAGAACAAGCUCAUCAUGUGGGAUCCAGAUCGCUAUGGCACCACAGUGCCCUACACGUCCCGGAGGCCUAAGGACUCAGAGCGGGAAGGCCAGGGCUACAGCUUUGUGUCCCGUGGGGAAAUGGAAGCUGACAUCCGCGCGGGGCGUUACCUGGAACACGGAGAGUAUGAGGGCAACCUGUAUGGCACCCGGAUCGACUCCAUUCAGGGGGUGGUCGCCGCCGGCAAGGUGUGCGUGCUGGAUGUCAACCCCCAGGCAGUGAAGGUGCUGAGGACCGCCGAGUUUGUCCCUUACGUAGUAUUCAUCGAGGCUCCUGACUUUGAGACCCUGCGGGCCAUGAACCGGGCGGCACUGGAGAGUGGGGUGUCCACCAAGCAGCUCACGGAGGCAGACUUGAGACGGACAGUGGAGGAGAGCAGCCGCAUCCAGCGGGGGUAUGGCCACUACUUUGACCUCAGCCUGGUCAACAGCAACCUGGAGAGGACCUUCCGUGAGCUCCAGGCUGCCAUGGAGAAGCUGCGGACGGAGCCCCAGUGGGUGCCUGUCAGCUGGGUGUACUGAACCUCUUCAUCUGGACCUCGUUCCCUCUGGGUGGUGACCCAGGACCUAAAACCAUCCCUUCCCCACCCGUGACCCCCAGCCCUAACCCUCAGCUCCCAUCCUUGGUCUCUGGCUUUCCCCAGAUAACAGCUCCCAGGGGGCUCUAAGUCUGGCUUUGGCACAGAGGCGUGCACUGCCAGGGAGGUGGGUGUUCAUGGGGCACCUCUGUGCCCAGGUGCUGCUCACUCCCAAUGUCCAUUGGCCACCAGAUAUCCCUCUCUAAGGGCCCAGCUGUGUCCAAAAGUGGGUCAGAGUCAUCUCCAUAGUGCUUAGUCUAGAGAAGAGAAUAGCUGUUUUGGGACCAAGUGGUCAGUAAGUACCUUGCCCCCUGUCACCCCUCCCAGGGCACCUUUGCUCCUCUGGACUGGUCACACCUCUCCUAUUCUUGGGCUUCUCCCACUUCCCACCCCUAGUCCUAGGAGCAGGCCUUGGGCUGUUCCCAGUGUGGCCAGGGGAGUCACUGGCAGCCAGGCGGGCCUGGGCAGUGGUGCCAGUCAGGGCCAUCUUGAAGGCUGGAGGAACCAAAGUGUGAGCCAGUUGUCACUGCUGGGCCACACAGCUCUCAGCUCCCCUAGAAGGGGGCAGGGUCCCAGGAGUGGACGCUGCCCUUUUUGUCCCUCAUCCACAGCUUCUCACUGCCGAAGCCUCUCCGCAGACUUCUCCAAUGUGCUCCUGAGAGGUCAGCCCUGUUCUCCGAAGUGCGAGGCUGGCAGGGGCCGCAGGUGCAGCCCAGAUUGCAGGGGAGGGGUUGGUGAAGGACUGGACACAUUGCGAUGCCUGUCCGCGACCUCUUCCCAUUUCGGUCUUCUUUCUGGCUGGGUGCAGGUGGCCCACUUGCAUCAGGCUUGCCUGGGUUGGGGGACUGAGUAGGGACUGCGCGCACAGGCUUGGCAAAGGAUGCGUGGCUCUGGCAGCUCCUGGCCGUUCUUCCCACUGUGGUCUGUGCAGCCUGUCGUUCCACAUGCUGCGGUGGCUGGCCUGUCUCUGGCCCUGGUGUGUGUGUGUGUGUGUGUGAGGCUUGGUUUGGGGGAGGGGAGGCAAAGGGUUGUUUCUUUUGGAGGUUAUUCUUUGGAGCCUCUUUAUGGGGGCUUUCCCAAUCUGCCCUCAUUUCUUAUGAGACCCUUAUCCCAGACUCCAGAGCCUUGGUCCUCCCCAGAUGUCCUCCUCCACUCUCCUAUUGUCCCUCUGUCCUAAAUGCCACCCUCCAGUCCUUAGGGAGGGCAAUUUUGUAAAAUAGAAAACCUGUUAUGAAAAGACUCCUGCCCUAGAUAUUCCCAGGCAUCUCACCCGCUCCUUCCCUGAGGCCAGCCUGUCCUCACAGGGGACGCCCCAGGACCCCCGUACCGUGCCUCCCGGUUCUUCUGAGUGUCUAGUCAGUCUUUGCUGCAGUGUCAGCUGAAGCUGGCCCUGAACCACUGUGUGCCCAUUUCCUAGGGAAGGGGAGGGAGAAUAAACAGAAUAUUUAUUACAAAUGUUAGAAAUAUAUUUAUUAUAUUAGGAAUCUCAUUUGCAUUUGCAUAGGACACACAAAUGAGAUGUUAAGGUCAAGGCUCUCGCAUCUCAUUCGCAUCGCUCUGCAUACACUAUGCAGUCAUCUUUUACUCUUUCCCCCUUUUGUCCCAUGUCCUUUUCAUCCUUGACCCAGCCUCCCUUGCGACAAACACCCUCACCCUCAGCCUAAGUGACUGGGAGUCGGAGGACAACGGGGUAUUUUCCUGAGGACUUGAGGCCCUAGGGUUAUUUGCCAGUUCUUGCCUCCGCUGGGGGACCUAGGGGGAGGCAGGAAAGGACGUGCUGUGGCAGCUGCUGCCUCUGAAGCCCCCUCACUGAAAGACCAUGCCAGAGAGCUGGCCCCCGGCCCCUUCCUGCGUGUCUCCCAUGCCUGCCCAAGAGGCAGGGCUGGGCCCCUCCUCCGAAGCCUUCCCGCCUCCCUUGCCCACGCCUGUUCAGGACUCUGGGCAGGUGGGAGCAGAGGCUGGGAGCAUCCUUGGUUCAUCUGGCACAAGGCCAGGGCUGGGUUGGAACAGGCGUAUGUGCCACCAGGUUAGCUCUGUGACUCUGUCCUCCCUUCUCCCAUUGCAGACUCUUGUAUUUGGGAGACCUGAAGAGAAUACAGACCCUGCCCCCCACACUCAGUCCCAGCCCAGUUGCCCUUCCUCUGUCCCCUCCCCCAAACAUCUAAUUCUCCAGUUUUUCUCU